AAGCUUUUAUUUUUGAAACUCCUUCUCGGAAGUGGCCCCUGCUCAUCGCGGCUGCCUUGACGUUGGUCCCUGUCCAGAACGGGCCGCGGGGUGGAUGAUGGCGGUGUCGGUGCUGCUGGUGCUGGAGCUGAGCCUGUAUGCCUGCUGCUUCGUCUGUGGGAUCGUCGCCGCCGCCUCCCUCACCAUCGUCCAGGGGAACUUCGGUGGUCUGUGCAUGCUGUAUGGACGCGUCAGCUACAAUGCCACAGGAAACGUCAUCGGAGUCCAGGCUUCCACCUCGGCCUCUUUGUGCUACUUUGUGUCGGCCAUUUCCAUCAUGGUGGCGGUGGUGUGUUUCUCCCUGUCUGUGUACUGGGUGUACGCUUUCUGCAUGGAGGGAGAACUGAGAAGGGAGCGCGUGUGGCUGAACGUGAUGGUGGUUGUGAGCGGCAUCUUUCUGUUCUUCCUGCUCAUCACCGGCUGCAUGCUGAAGAUCGGCCGCGACUCGCUCUGCGACUCCAUCCUCAAAACCGUUAGCGGGGUCAAAAGUUGUGACGAAGUUCAGAAGAAAAAUUGGGUCAGUCCAAUUCAAGGAUCGAUGAUCUACACCAACCUUCACAAAGCAGAGACAGCGGUCUGGGUCAACUUCUUCUUCUGGCUCAUCAUCGGGACGCUGGUGAUCGUCCAGAAGCGCCAGAGUUCGGGGGCGAAGCUCGUUCCCACGCCGGCCGGAUCCCUCUUCGGCGAGCCGGGGGCGAGCGCCGCAGAGACGGAGCCGUUCUUCAACCGGCCCCCGCGGCCGCAGUAGUACCCAAUGACCGCUGGAAAAACUGGAGAUGUUUCUUAUUUUAUACCACAUUCACUUCAGGUUUUUUUCUGUAAUCAGCAGCAUACUUUAGUGAAAGUAAUCAAAGUUUGUGCUUUUGGUGUCGUAAUCCAAAGAUUUAAGAAUGUAACUAAAGCCAAUUUUUUUUUUUUUUUGUGUAUUUUUUAAGUUGUUGAAUCAAAAACUUUGUUUUUCAGCCAAAAAUUGUGAAACCUUUAUUGCUGCAACUUAUUUUUCAUUAUCUUUACCUUCAAUUUUGUAAAAAAAAAAACAAAAAACAAACAAACUUUCAACCAAGUUCUGUUUCAGUAACACUGAGAUAACUUAAGACAUUUAUCUGAUGCAGACCUAGUGUCCUUGUAAGUCAGAAGUGAUUUUUAUUUACCUAAAUCAAGUAUUAAAUAUCAAUAUAACCUCUGGAGCGUCAAAUGUAAAUGUUUGCAUUGAUACUACUUGAUGUUAUUGUGUUCAAUCUGUAAAAGAAGCCCUUAUUUGAGAAGAAAUGUUGCUAAAUGUCUCCCCCUGCUGGCCAAUACUAAAUUCAUUUGUACUGGAA